UUUGUGUUUCAAAUGGCAAAACAUAUUCACAUGGUGAAUCUUGGCAUCCUAAUCUCCGAGCCUUUGGAAUCGUAGAGUGUGUGUUGUGCACCUGCAACAUCACCAAACAAGAAUGUAAGAAAAUUCACUGUCCAGAACAAUAUCCCUGCAAAUACCCUCAGAAAGUAGAAGGAAAAUGCUGUAAAGUCUGUCCAGAAGAAGUGCCAAGUCAGACCUUUGACAACAAAGAUUACUUCUGUGGGAAGGAGACAUUUCCCGUCUAUGAAUCCGUUUUCACAGAGGAAGGAGAAACCAUCAGAAAAAUUGCAGCAGAAACUGAAAAGCCACCUCAAAUAGAAAUACAUGUGUGGACAAUUAGAAAAGGCAUUCUGCGUCACUUCUAUGUUGAAAAAGUGUCCAAGAGAGAAUUUGAAGAGCUUCCUUACUUCAAGCUGAUCACACGGACAACCCCUAGCCAGUGGAAAAUAUUUAGCGAGGGAGAAGCUCAGAUCAGCCAAAUGUGUGAAAGCAGAGUGUGCAGGACUGAGCUCGAGGAUCUGGUAAAGGUUUUGUACCUUGAAAAAUCUGAAAAGGGUCACUGUUAAGGGAGACAGCACUGGAGGGAGAAACACAAGAAAACUUAUGAAAACUUGGAUCUGCAGCUGGACUGCAGGCUUAUUUUGCUUAAGUCAACAGUUGCCCUAAAAACCAAAACUAUAAUGCAGUAAUUAUUCACAUCAUGCACAGCAAAUUUGCUGCUUUAUGUGUAGUGGUCUGUGUCAACCGUUCAAAUAUCUCCUCCAAAAGACUAGGAGGCUCUGUGUUACCGGUGGGGGAAGGAGAAAGAGAGACUGUACUCUCCCAGAAUUGCAUUUCUUUACAAGUUAAAAAGAGAAAACAGAACAUUUUUAUUAUUAUUAUUUGGCAACUUAUUCAAACUAAUGAAAAGAAAGACACCUAAUAAAUGUUCAGGAGCUAUGUAGAGCAUUAUUUCCAGUGCUGAAUUUAUACCAUUUCUGGUGUUGAAAUGACUCAUGGAUUAUUUUAGUAGUGGAGGAAAAAUACAAGUGAUACAAUACUUGCGUUGGAGACAUAAAAACCCAGAUUUAAACUAACAAACUCCUAAGCAGCCUGCCUUUGGGAUGAUGUCUUGUAGUUGAGCAAACUGAGUCCAUAAACUGAACAGCAGGUGUUAGUGGCAAUCACUGUAUUUUUGUAGCAAUUUGAGCAAAUGUUCGCUUUUAAGUGGUUUUCACUGUUUCCUCCACCCACUUCUCUAUAAAAAUGUGAAGUGUCAGCUCCCUAUCACAGCCCUAACAACUUCAUUCUUCUGGCCCUAUUAACACACAGGCUUGGCUGAUACACUGCCUUCUAAAGUGACACGGCAGAAGGUGGUGAAGUACUUUCAAAACACCUAACGGGUUAAACCUCCCGAUUAAUAACUCCUUAAAAGUUAGGACAGUGCUGAAUUUAUUGGUUCUGAUUUGCUACAAACCGAAUCGUCAGCGUUUUCCGGAGGGUGACCUCUCUAAUUCUCACACGCUUCAGGGGCGGGUUUUUCUCCAUGACAAACACCAAACAGCUACAGCAGGCCUUUAGAACACAGCAAGCUCUGUGGAAACUGUUAUCCUUGUGAAGAACAAAUCUGAGAGGUCCUGUUUAAUGUAAUAUAGCAUGUCUGCAGUGUGUAAGAAAGGUGCCUCUCAUCUGC